AUGUCAGGAACUUUAAGUAGUAAUAAUAAUGGUAUCGAUACUAAGAAUGAUAACGAAAAUGUUAGUGGAAAUGUAAAUGGAAAUGAGAAUCAGACUGAGAAUCAGAAUCAGAAUCAGAAUGAGAAUGAAAAUGGGACAGGAAAUGAAAGCAGUAAUGAACCACCAAUGAAAAAAAUAAAGACUGAAAGCGGACUAGACGAUUCUAAUCCUACUUUUGAUUUUGGUAUUACUACGGAUAGUUCAUCUCAAAAUAUUGAAAAUUCAAAGAGCACUCCAUCAGAGUUUACUUCAGAUUCAACAAGUGCAUUCGAUAGUGCAGUGAAGAAUUCAGAUGGAUUGUCGCUUCCAAAGAGUGUUGCUCCAAGCACUGAUUUGAAAAAAGAUGCAAUUCCAACAAGUAAUAGUGGAUUAGCUCUACCGAAAAAGAAUGAAAAGAAAGGAAAGACUACGGGUGGGAAGAAUGUAAAUAAAAAAGAAUCUGGGAAACCUGGAGCUAAAGGCUCUCAAUCACAAACUGAUGCAAGUAAAAUGUCAGACGUGCUGUUUUCUGCAGGUGUCGAUAUCAGGGAGGAAGAAGCACUAUUGACAUCAUCUGUGGCAGCAUCAAAAACUCAAAGUCAACCAGCAGCCGUUAAUAUUCCUGAACAUCCACCAUUCUUACAUCCUGAUCAGGUGGCUGCCUUCAUGAAAAAGGCAUCUAAAGAACAAAACUUCAAUCAAAAUUUUGCAAAACAAGGUGAAAUUCUACAGAUGAUUUCAUCAUCUUGUGAAAAUUAUAUGAGAGAUAUUAUUACAAAUACCAUAGUUAUUUCAAGACAUAGAAGGAAAGCAGUAAAAGUUAAUUCCGGAAGGAGAAGUGAAGUUGCAAUUGCAUUGAAAUCAAUAGCUAUCCAACAGAAAAAAGAUGAAGAAAGACGUGUUAAAAAACGUAUUGCAUUGGGUCUUGAAAAGGAAGAUACAGAAAAUAAAAUUGAUUCGGAGGAAACACUUCAUAGAGCUUCGAAUGCCACUGCAGGAUUGAGAGCAGGUAGUAAAAAACAAUAUGGUUGGUUAACUUCAUCGACAAAUAAGCCAUUGGCAGCAACAGGCAAAGGUGCAGGAAAUAUUGCUGCUGCAAUAGCCGCUAGGGGUGAUACUGGUUUAAGAUUCAGAGAAGCUAGAGAGGAACCAGGUAUUGUAAUGAGAGAUUUAUUAAAUGCAUUAGAAAACAGAAGAAUUGGAUCUCACAACAUCAUCACAAAGGGUUAUGCAAGAAUUAGAGAUUAG